GCGUGAGUUGGUUGGCCAAUCAUUUGCGUGCUGCUGCGAUGGCGUCUCCUCCGACGACCUGCCUUUCCCACCUCUCGCCGCCAGCCCUAGCGGGCGGAGGGAGUAUAAAACCCCUCCUCUCACCAACUCGCAGGCAGCAGCACCACCACCACAACCAGACCACACCCAUUCCAUCCCCCACCCGCCUCGCCGCAGAUCUGCUCUGCUUCAGCCACCGCCCUCCCUCCCUUCCUAUGGCGCCGGCAUUGCCCCGCGCCGCCCUCCUCCUCGUCCUCUCUCUCCUCCUCGCCUCCGCCGCGCGGUCCCAGGAGGAGGCCUCCAGCCCCGUCUCCGAGCCCCCCACAUCCGCUGCCUCCCCUCUCCCCCGCGACUCCGUCGCCGACGACACCGAAUCCGAGCUCUCUCCAAUCUCCCAGCCGCCUACCGCCUCCGCGUCCGCCCCUGCAGCCGCAGACGCCGCCGCCCGCUCAUCACCUCCGGCUCCGACCGAGACCUCCCCAAUCCCGGCUCCCUCCGACUCGCCGGCGCAGGCGCCGUCCUCCCUUCCGCCCACGCACCCGCAUUCCGCUGCUCCAGCGCCCGCGCCCGCCGCCGACAAGGAAGCUGACGGCGAAAAGGACAAGGAGAAGGACGACGAGGAGGACGACCGCAAGUCCUCCGCCCCCGCUCCGGCCCCAGCCGCCGAGGAGAUUAAGGCCGCGAGCGCCGCCGCCGAGCAGGGCAGCGGGGAUGGCGAGGACCACGAGGAUAUGAACGGCGGCAAGAAGGCCGGCGUGGUGGUGGGCGCCUUCACGGCCGCCGCGGUCGUCGGGCUGGGCUGCUUCGUCUGGAGGAAGCGCCGGGCCAACAUCCGCCGCGCCAGGUACGCCGAGUACGCCGCGCGCCUCGAGCUCGUCUGAUCGACCAAUCUCCCACUUCACUUGACAAACGGUGGAUCGGAUCGGAUCGGAUCAGAUCAUACAUACAUGCUAGCUACUAUUAGUAGAUUAUUACUACAAUCGGAGGUCAUAUACGAUACGCACGCAGCCCUGAAAUGCAUGAUUCCUGGAUAGAUCGUUCAUUGUUUCUUCUUCUUCUAUUCUAUUGGUAUGUGUAAUUCUUUGGUGAUGCCGAGAGGAAUAAUCAUCCGAUACAUGCAUUAUUGAUAUGGAGAUGAGGAGGAUACAUUUUUGUACACAUUAGUAUGCUUGUUCCUAGUACUACCACAUUGCCGAUUCUUGUAAUCAUUGGUACUGCUGUCGAUUGAAUUCAUAUCUCAGUUCGAAAUUA